UAAAAACGCUCGUAUUUGUACGUAGCUUUUAAGACAAAAUUGUGCUCUACAAACCUAUAAAUUACAUUAGUCUAUUCAGGUAGACAGGAAACUUAACGUCGCUUUUUUAAAAUCGACGAGACUUAUUUUUCUAUAACAGCUUAUGAAUUUAAUUUGGUUAAAGUAAGGUGGGUGAAUAUCUCAGCAUUCUCAUAUCUCGCUUUGGUAAAUAAUAAACUGAUUACUUAUGCUUCAGCUCGAGUGUACUUAAUUACUACAUCAUCAAACUCGUAUCACGCCAUCAAAUUCCAGCAAAGUCCCAGUCUUGGGAUAAAAAUUAUCUUAUCAGACAUUAUCUUUUUGCACCAUUUUUAUUUGCUCGGAAAGCAAAGAGACUGGAGUUCAAUUCUCCUGCAGUAUUCAUUUGUUUUACUAUAUUCAUGUUCCGUUAUACAGUAUGACGCAUUGACUUAUUGUAAAUAUUUACCUAGUAUAACAAUUUGUUCCGACUAGUGAGAUCUAUCAACAUUUUCCUCCUCGACCUGGUACGAAUUAUCGACCUCAUUGGACAGGCAUUAGAAAUAAUUUGAUCCUAAUUAGCGGGACUGAGAUUUUAUUCAUUGAGGCUCCUCAUUGCCCAUGGGAACAGAAUUUCAAGUUUCAUCAAAAAGUACAAUUUUCUAUUCACACUCAUUUACGGAACGGGAGCUCGACCGUUAGUACUGAACAUUUGAAAAGGCCAACAUAUCAGAGAGGCACAGGAAAUUAAAUGCGACUUUGAAACACUGUAUCUGCACAGUUGGUGCCGCUUUGUUGUGCAAAUAAAAAACACACAUUCCCUUGUAUACAGUUGAAUUAAUGAACAUUUUUGCUGCGUGAGUUAUUAUCGCUAUUUAUCUGUAUAGCAGAAAUUCAACUGAAAUUAAUCGACAUAUGGCUCAUUGACGUUUUAUUAUCAGCAGCCGCGUUGACAAAAUCAAUGCUUUUGACUAUUGGAGUGGACAGAGAUAUUUGUUGAUUCUCAUUUUGACAGAAACAAUCAAUAUCAUCCAUCACUCAACAAGCGAGAAUUGAUUGUCGUCUCGCUGGAUAAUGGAAGCGUCUGGAGAUGCACAUCCAGCAGCAGGCUCUUGCAAGGAUGCUAGUGAAAAACAGGAAACAUUGCUGAGUCGGCGUAAUAUUGGCGCAAUUGCUCAGCUACCGUCAGUCGAAGAGUUUUCAAAAACUUCAAAUGACUCGAACAAAGAUAAUGAUCUCACAAAACCAUCAUCGUUCACGUCUCUUCUGUCAAAAUCCAGGGUUGAACCUCUAAGUGCUGCUAAUGGUGCAAUGCCAACUGUCGAAAAUGACCGGCUGCCAAAUGAUGGUCAUAACAAUAGAGGAAGCGACAAAUUGUCAAGAAAUGAGAGAUUCGGCUGGCUGAGAUUUCGGCCAAAUUUCCUUCAGAAGUUUAACAGUCCUGUCGCAAUGCUCAUCUUCAUCUGUCUGCUAGUUGCAGUACAGGCUAAAUUGGUGAGUGGCUUUCUGAACACGUCACUGUCCACGAUAGAGAAAGUGUUCGGACUCAGUUCGACGGAAAGUGGCCUCAUCAUCAGCACCUAUGACGUGGCCAGUCUCCUCGCAGUUAUCCCAGUCACCUACUUUGGCCAGGCUGGUAGAAAGCCCAGGUAUCUGGGGGGAGGAGCGGUGUUGAUUGCGGCGGGAUGUUUUGUCUUCUUCCUGCCAGAGGCAUUCCGAGAUCCAUACACAUGGUUGACGGAUGAUGAAUUGCAAUAUUGCUCAAGUGAAGAGAAGAACCAGGAGUGUGCAGACCACAAUUCGAACCACAACCUCAAGUUCAUCUUCAUGGUGGGCACUCUCCUCAUUGGAGUGGGUGCCACUCCUGUCUACACUCUGGGGGUAGCAUACAUGGACGAGAAUGUACCCAAGGCCAAAUCCGCCUUAUAUCUAGGUAUAUUCUACACGAUUGCAGUUGUAGCUCCAGCUCUCGGCUAUGUUCUCAGCGGUCUCUUCCUUAGAAUACCCAUCGAUUUCAAACACUGGAAGGUAGACAUUGAGGACCCUGGAUGGGCGGGGGCGUGGUUUGUUGGUUUCCUCCUCCAGACCCUUCUAGCUCUACUCAUAGCAAUACCACUUUUGGGACUGCCCAAGCGCAUUAAAGGGAAGAAGACAGAAAAGACAGCCGCAACUCAGCCAUCAGAUGAAGGGAAGAAGACAGAAAAUACAGCCGCAACUCAGUCAUCAGAUGAAGGUGCUGAAAACAUUGAAAGAGUGGAUGAGACUGCGGUUCAAGACGAUGCUCCGAAAACAUCUUUAGGAUUCAAGGACAUCAAACAGUCUCUGAAGCGGCUCCCUAUUUCUAUUCUGGGGUUCCUGAAGAACGUGACGUUUAUGCUGCUCAUCAUGCACGGAGUGUGUGCCUACUUGGUCAUCAGUGGUCUCGCUACUUUCCUCCCCAAGUACUUCGAGUCCCAGUUCGGACUGUCCUCAAGUGAUUCUGCGUUCAUGGUCGGAAGUCUGGCCAUUCCAGCAGCUGCCAUAGGCACACUUGGCUCUGGCGUGUUUCUGAAGUACAAAGACUGGCCCUGUGUGAAGGUGAUGAAGUUCGGCAUGGGUGUCCAGAUUGUGGCCCUGCCUUUCCUCUGCUUCUUUCUUUUCUCAUGUCCCAGAUACAGUCUAGCUGGACUCAACGCUCCCUAUAAUAGAUCGGAUGCCACUUCAGAGAGUGUAGCAGGUGGCAUUGGCUCCUCCAAAGUGGACUUCGACUGGGAGUGUAACUCGGACUGUUCCUGUGAUUAUGUCUUUUUCGACCCCGUCUGUGCUGAGAAUGGUAUCACAUACUUCUCACCCUGUCAUGCCGGGUGCUACAAUGAGGAUCUGUUGCAGUGUAAGUGUCUGUUAUCACCCAAUGGGGACUACUUGAGUGCCUCUAGAAUGAUCUGUGAGGAGAACUGUCCCACAAGGAAGUUGUCUUACACUCUCUUCUUCUUCAUGCUCAUGGUCGCAUCUAUGGUCAGUGUGCCACACAUCACCUGUCUUCUUAGGGUAGUUCCAGACAGUCAACGUAGUUUAGCCCUCGGACUCCAGUGGGUGUUUGUCCGACUUCUCGGAACCAUUCCUGGACCAAUCAUAGUCGGCAAAAUAUUUGAUAGUACCUGUCUUUUAUGGAAUGAGAGCAAAGCAUGUCACGAGUCUAGUUUUUGUCUAAGUAACGACAGUAAAAAGUUGGGCUUGUACACAUUUCUAUACGCUAUCUGUCCAAUGUCAGUGGGUCUGCUAUUUCUAUUUUCGGCUGUCAAAACUUACAAACCUGCUAAUGAUUUGUUUUCACUUGGAGAAGAAAAUCAAAGUGAGAAACAGCAGGAACAAAACAUGGGAACAUCAUUAGAACCAAGCGGGGUCGAUAAUCCGCCUAGGUUACUUUUCAGCGUCGAGAAUGACUCACCUCCUGCUUACGACGAACUGAGCGCAGAGCAGAGGUAAUUGGAGCAUAAUCAAUUUUUCGGCUGUUUUUCUCCUUUGAAUUUGGUAACUUAUUGACUACUAUUUUAAGCUAGUCUAAUAUAAUAAUUGCUGAAAUAAUAAAUUUUAUUUUAAACAUAUCAAUGCCAAAUAGAUUACUUGCUAAAAUGAAAUUUUUGCUGUGAAUAAUGAUGGCUACUAAAUAAAACUUA